CUGGACUGGAACACCCCGUCAAGGCCGCAUGCAGCUUUGCAUUGGCAGCUUGAUGUUGCCCUGUUGCAUCAAAAAAUGCCGCAACUCAAGGGUUUCAAGCCUGCGCAGCUCGAUUCACAGCCUUUUCAGCUAAGCACCGUCAGGCCAGAGGUCACCAUCUUAGAUGAGCAGGUUACCGACGAAUUGACACUUGAUUUUGCGGCUUUAAGCUGUGCUGUUGAAAUGUCCGUUUAUGGCCAGGCUCAGGGAAGAGGAGCCAACAUUCUUUUGCAUCGCGCGCCAUUGCCUGUGCAGGGCGCUCCCAAUGCUGGUUGGGGAGGUAAGGCUUCGGCUUUCUGGUGCAGAUUCUUAGGUUGGAUCAAAGCUGUGCGCAACUCGGGUUGGCAUGUGAGUGGUUUCGGGCAGCAAGCAGGAGACCAGCUCAAAGAUGUAUGGUAUGGUGAUGCGACCUCCUUACAGGAUUUUGCCAGCGCGCUUGCAAAUGCCAGUCAACAAUGCGACCCUGCGGCUCUCCUUGCAUUGGAACCUGUAGCCACCGCGCAACACAGGCAUCACACCGAGGCUUUUAAGCAGGCUAACACUAAACAAUACACCAAGUGGCUGAGUGCUGCCUUGGUAAAAGGUAUGAAGCCUUUGUACAAAUGCCUCAAAAGUACGGAAUCCCCUUGUGAUAGACCCUUUCGAAAUCUUUCAUUGCAAGAUAGAGUGUACCAAAGAUGGAAGCAGUGGCACGACAUUUGGUGCCAGCCGGUCACUACGGACCCGCAUUUGUUGGCAGAGGUCAAAGCCAGAGCUAUCGAUCAAGCCAAGCAUUUGCCGCCCAUAAAUUUUGAGAAGGCUGUAAAACUUUUCAAAAAGUUUCCAGCGAAGGCUCCUGGGGCCGACGGCUGGACAGCACAGAUGCUAAACAACUUGAGCGAAGAGGCAGUCCGGGCUGUUAUUGAUUUCAUGCACGCUUGCGAGGCUAGUGCAGAGUGGCCAGCACAGUUUGCCAUUUCCUUGAUAGCCUGCCUGCCCAAAAACACACUCCGCGAGAGGCCAAUAGCCUUGCUCCAUGUGCUUUACCGCUCAUAUGUGCGCCUCCGUUUCUCCUUGAUAAACCAGUGGCAGCAGGAGUAUGCUAAUCAAUGCCAAUGGGACCGCUCCCUGCCGGGAGGAGCCGUACUGGACGUCGCAUUGGGGAGACUGGUCCGGGGGGAGUGUACUCGGCACAACCGGUUACACAUGGUAACGCUCUUUUUAGAUUUAGAGACCUUCUUCGAUCGUUGCCGGUUCGAUGAAAUGUUCCGAACGGGACUCAAGUUGGGCUACCCGCCCAUCAUAUUACACCAGGCCUAUCUGGUUUACAGUGGAGCCAGAUAUCUACAGGCCGAAGGCACGGUCGCACCGGUCAUCAAGGCCAAUACCGGACUCCUGCCAGGAUGCCCUGCGGCACCCUCAAUAGCGAAACUCAUCAUGCCUGAUGUUGCGGCUGAGCUUAGUGUCAAACCAGGAACGUCCAACUUGGAUGUUUGGAUAGAUGAUCUUAGUCUUGAUACGGUUACCGCAGCUCCCAAGCAAACUGCUAGCAUUGCUUUGCGCUUGUUUCGAGGUCUUCGCAGUUCCCUGGAGUCCAGGGGUGCACAAGUUGCCAUCAGCAAAACUUCCUUUGUUGCCACGUCGUCUGAGGCUUGCAAGGCCUUGAAGGCAAUAUGCCAACCGGAUGAUCCGGCCAUUAAAAAUUUCGCCCGCGACCUAGGGGUCACUUCCGGGGGCACUAGAAGACGGCUGUUAGGUUUAGCGGCAACCAGACAGGCCAAGGCACAAGCCCGUAAUAAAAAACUUUGUAGUCUCAGGGUGCCCUUUGUGUCUCAUAAGAUUAGGGUGGUCAAAGCGUCAAUCAUGUCAGCGGGCCUCUGGGGCCACCAGGCCCUUGGGGUGAGCCCCAAGCGGCGCAAGUACUACCGCGCCAUUUGCAGCAAAUAUGCUGGUCGACAAAAACUAGGAUCGGUUGAUCUGACUUUUGCCUUGAAUCCUGCCAAGUGCGAAGACCCGACUUUCACCAUCAUGCGGCAGCAUAUUAGGGCUGUUUUCCGUGUCUUUAAAAAGUGGCAUCGUGAGGAUGGGCAAAAAUUCGCCAGCACUUGGAAAAGCAUAUGGAAUCACUUGUCCAAAGCAAAAGACCCUUGGAAGAGAGUCACCGGACCAAUUGCUGCCACCCAAGCGUAUUUGAUUGAGUUGGGAGUGGAAUGCUCACAGGUGCAUCUGUGGCGGCAUGCCAAAGGUAACCUUCAACUCGACUGGACCAAUUCUGAUGUCAUCCGCAGCGGCUGGGAGUGGGUGCAUAAAUUACUGCUACACCAGCAAGGGCUUCGCAUUGCCCAGCAAGAGGGUUGUGGUUCGCUCGAUCAGGGCACUGACUUCACUGUCCACCGCAAGUUGUUGAAGCGCAAACAUGUUCAGAGAGCUACCCUUAGCAAUUUGCAUGCGGUAUGGCAAGGAGCGAUGGUUUCCUCAGCCAAGCCAGGUUGGUGCACGCUGUGCCAGUGUCCGCUUUCUUUGCAACAUAAUCUUUGGGAAUGUCCGUUCAUUUGCAAGCAGUUUGAUGCCGAGGAGUUUUCCGAAUUGAAAUCCCAGUACCCUUGGCCUUCAUUGUGGUUGAGAGGCCUGCCUCCCCUUAGUGAAGUGCGGCAUCCCAAACCUGCGAGUGAGCAAUGCGGCUUGCAAGUCACGGGACUAUGGUCGACCCAGAGUACUUUGGAAGGCAGUCGAUAUGUUUUUGCUUGUGAUGCUUCUGGAGGACCAGGCGGCUCGGAUCAAAGGCUCCUCGUAACGACUUGGUCCAUAGGAGCCUAUGCCUUGGUUGAUGGGCAACCAAAGAGGGUUGCGAGUGCCACGUGCUUGGAGGCGGAGCCCCUGACAGUGCCUCAGGCCGAACAGCGAGCUCUUUUUGAGUUGAUGCAUCGUGUCACUGGCGACUUUGAUGCCACAACUGAUUGCAAAAGUGUCAAGCAAAUCUUGUGCAAGGCCAACCCACCGCAGGAAGGUGUUGUGCCAUGGGGCACGAUAUGGCACGAGCGCAGUCGCAUCCGCUUGCAUUGGGUUUCUUCACAUAAAAGUGCAGCUUACUUUGAAAAGCAGGGCUGGGAGCAGUGGAGGCGCCUCAUCAACGAGGACGUCGACAAACUCUGCGGGGAAAGGGCUUCUCAGCAUUUCUCGAUCGCGCAUGCGAAGUGGCUGAAGAAAUGUGAUUCCGUGGUGGAACAAGUCUGCUACUCCUUAGCGCGACGUGCUGGAUUCAUCAUUCGGCAGAGAAAGAGCCCGGAUUUCCCGUGGAUUUUGAAUAGGGGUGCUACUGAUACUGCCCCUAAGCCCCUGGUUGUCCCUAACGCCGCCUUUGUUAAGCCCAGUCCUGCCAAACCCAAAAAUGCAAAAAAUCCGAAGUCCAAGAAGGGGGUUUCUGGUGAUAAACCUGGUCCUGGCCCAAAAACUGGUAAGCCCUUGAACAAAAAACAACGCAUGUUAGAAAAGUUGGCAAUGCCUGAAGAUCCUCUGGGUCACCAGUGGGUCAAAGGCGCUGAAGGACCUACCAACUUGACAAUGAAAUGCACCAAAUGUGGACUGUACGUUCAGCAAAUAGCUGACCCGGCAAGCUUCGACCGUCUCAUGACACACCACUGCAUUGGUGGUGGUGAGAUUUUGAGCGAGUGGGGCAUUCAUGCAACACACAGUAUGGUCAACAUGGGUGUGCAGUGGUCUUGUUCCAAAUGUGGGAGGCUGCAGCGCCCACAGUCGGCCGUUGGAGCGAAGCAGUUGCAGAAACCUUGUGAUGGGAGAGCGGCUGUAAGCCAAAUCGGUAAAGUGGCUCAAGGAGUGGGCAGCUCAACUUUGGAUCAGUCGGGCCCUGCGGGCUGGUGUGCUGCUUUUGCGCCCUACGAGGCUGCAUUAGCGCUACA